UCCUACAUGAACAAGAAUCUUGCUUGCUAGGUUUUAGGGUUCGCCGACAAUGGAUGAAAAGAAGCCUUAUUUGGCCGUGAUUCUCAUACAAGCAAUCUAUGCCGGCAUGUUCUUGCUCUCCAAGGCUGCAUUCAAUGGUGGCAUGAACAGCUUCGUGUUUGUCUUCUAUAGACAAGCUGCAGGAACCAUUUUCUUGGCUCCUAUCGCACUGUUCUUUGAAUGGAGAAAGGCGGUUCCCUUAUCAUUUGUGACCUUCUGCAAGAUUUUUCUUCUUUCUCUAUUUGGGAUCACCUUAAGCUUGGAUAUCUAUGGCAUGGCACUUGUUUAUACGUCAGCAACUUUGGCUGCUGCAACGACAAACUGCCUUCCUGUCACUACUUUCUUCUUGGCAGUAUUACUCAGGAUGGAGGUGUUCAGGUUGAAGACAACCGCCGGGGUUGCAAAGCUUACAGGCAUACUAGUCUGCUUAGCCGGCGCAGCGACCCUUGCCUUCUACAAGGGACCGCAUUGGACGCUCAUCAGGGACGGCCACCAUCACCACCUCUUGGGGCACCCUAAAACCCAAGAACACCAUGUCCAUCUUCCUUCUAGCACAGACUGGAUAAAGGGUUGCUUCCUUUUCCUCGUUUCCAACAUCUUUUGGGGCUUGUGGCUUGUUUUGCAGGCAACUAUUAUGAAAAGCUACCCUCCAAAGCUUCUGUUCGUAACUCUUCAGUGCUUUUUGAGCACCAUUCAAUCCUUUGCCAUUGCCAUUGCUUUUGAAAGAGACCCUUAUCAAUGGAAGCUGGGUUGGAAUGUCAGACUCGUAGCCGUAGCUUAUUGUGGAAUCAUUGUGACUGGCGUUACAUACUACUUGCAAGCAUGGGUUCUUGAGAAGAAGGGACCAGUUUUUCUUGCCAUAUCUACACCUUUGGCUCUCAUCAUUACAAUGUUCUCUUCCGCAAUUCUCUUAGGCGAGAUCAUUACCUUGGGAAGUCUUUUAGGUGGGCUCUUGCUGGUUGGAGGCCUAUACAGUGUUUUGUGGGGGAAAAGUAGAGAACAUAAAGCGAAUGGUGGGAAUAAUUUAACACCUGAAAAAGUUGACAACCAAUGCUCAGAAAUGAAAGAAGUAGUAGUGGCCUCUAAAAGUACUCCACCAGUACCCUUAGUUGUGUAACAUUAAACACGUGCCAUAAAUGCAAGCUCCAUGACGUUAACAGAUAUUGGAAUACUCCAUAUGCAUGAUUCACGAAUCACGAGGAUGCCCCCACUUUAAGAGUGCAAGCUCCAUGGCAGAAAUUACAAGUUCAUGUCUUACAAUGACAGCACUUUGCUUUUAGCUCCUUUAUAGGCUUUUUUACAUACAGAAUCAUGAGGUUCUUUAAGCUUUUGCUCAAGCUUGUUUGUGUAUAUGUAAUAUUGAAGAAGGCAUACGUUAUUAUGGCUUGGUGCCUUGAAUAAUUAUUGGUAUUAGCUACCAUUUCUCAUGUAACAUAAAAUGUAGUACAAGUUUGUAUACCCUUUGUUGAGAAUUGAGCCGGCA